CCCCCGGUGCCAGGAGGGGUCAGUGAUUCCCCGGGUCCCCCCGUCGAUGAGGAGGGCGGCAGAUGAAGGAGAGAUUAGUGGCUAAUCCCCCCGGGAAGAUGAAUCUCAAGCUGGACCCUGCGGAGGGGACGCCGGGGAGGGGACACUGGGAAGGUGGACCCCACGGAGGAGAUGCUGAGGAGGGGACCCCAUGGAGGGGACUCGGGGACAGGCGUGGGGACAAAGUUGGGAUGUUCCCGCCGUGGGGCUCAUCCUUCCUCCCCGUCUCCAUCUUCUCCAGGAGGAGGAGAACGGCUGCUCCCGGGGAAGAGCUUUCCCAUGUCCAGCACCAAGAGCGGUGUCCCCGGCGAGACGCCGGUGGGAUCGGGGCGGUGGGUGCCCCAAGGACCCAAGGGACACCCCCUUUCCCCGUCCCCAUCCCCAAGGUCCCCUCACCCCUUGAUGUAAUGACCCAAAGGGGUCAUUAAGGCUCAGGCCCUGCCAAGAAGAGCCCGGUGCCGUCUCUCUGCAUCCCACCCGGGGUCCCCUCCGUGCCAGCACUGGCUCCGGCCCUGCCAAGGCUCCGGCGGCGCCGGGAGGAUUGAAAUGCCUGGGCUGAGCCCGGCCGCGGUGGGGGGGACGCCCCCGGCUGCUCCUGCCCGGCUUUUCGGGUGGAAAAACCAACACGGGCUGGGGCGGGCGGUGGCCACACCCCGGCGCGGGAGGAAGAGGCUCGGAUCCGUGGCCCCGGGCGCAGACGUGGCCGGCGGAGGGUGGACGCCACGUCCAUGAGCGCGGGGGGCCCAGCAGGGCCCAGGGGGCGACCCUAAGAUGGCCGGGGGCUGGCGGGCGGCGGCGCAGGCCGGGGGGAUGCUGCUGGCCCUGCUGGGCUGGGUCUGCUCCUGCGUCACCACCGUGGUGCCCCUCUGGAAGAGCCUGAACCUGGAGCUGAACGAGCUGGAGGUGUGGAGCAUGGGGCUGUGGCAGGUCUGCGUGGGGCAGGAGGAGGGGGUGCUGGAGUGCCGCCCUCACGGCUCCUUCCUGGCGCUGCCCCCCGACCUGCGCGUCUCCCGCCUGCUGAUGUGCCUCUCCAACGCCCUGGGGCUGCUGGGCUGCCUGCUGGCUGCCCCGGGGCUGCCGGCAUGGACCCCCUGCAGCCACCCCCCCGCUGCCAAGCGCCGGCUGCUGCUGGCCGGGGGGGCGGCCCUGGGGGCGGCGGCGGUGGCCACCCUGGCGCCCGUCUCCUGGGUGGCCUACAACACCGUCCUCGACUUCUGGGACGACAGCGUCCCCGACAUCGUGCCCCGCUGGGAGUUCGGGGAGGCUACCUUCCUGGGCUGGUUCGCCGGAGCCUUCCUCGCCGCCGGCGGGCUCCUCCUCGCCUGCAGCGCCCGCCCCGACGGGACC